AGGAAUCCCACGUGACGUCACCGAGGGGUGAUGUAAUGCUUCUCUAAAUAGAACGUAUUGUAAUCUUUUCUCAGUCCAACGUGGUUCCUUCUGAGAGUCUGUUGCGUAUUUUCUACACUUGUUUGACUUAUGAGGAGUUGGUGAGAGUGAUGAACUCUGAGCAGGAAAGGCCGUUUGUGUGCAGUGCCCCUGGCUGUUCUCAGCGAUUCCCCACAGAGGACCACCUGAUGAUUCACCGGCACAAGCAUGAGAUGACUCUGAAGUUCCCCUCCAUAAAGAUCGACAGCAUGUUAUCAGACCAGACGCCGACCCCGACGCGCUUCCUGAAGAACUGUGAGGAGGUGGGUCUGUUCAGCGAGCUGGACUGUUCUAUAGAACAGGAGUUCAGGAAGGCCCAGGAGGAAGAGGACAACAAACAGGUAGACAAGAUGACAAAUAUCUCUCUACAUGGCCAGAACCUCCAGAACCAGCAGCAUCACUCUCGGAUGGGGAACCAUGACAACAGUAUAGUGAUCCAGCAGGGCCUGUCCUCUCCCCAGUCCAACUCUGUCAUCACCCAGGCCCCCUCCACCAACAGACAGCUAGGGCCUGUCCCUGGCUCCCUGUCAUCACUACUGCACCUACGGAACAGACAGAGACAGCCACUGCCUGCCUCCAUGGCUGGAACCCUGCCAGACCCCACCAUGCAAGGCUCCUCUGUACUGAUGCCUAUGGAGAGGCAGAUGUCUAUGUGUUCCAGUAUGAUGGGUAUGCAGGGCCCCAACCAUCCCAGCUCCUGUUCCUCCCCUCACGGACCCUCCAUGCACUCUGAGGCCAAACUGAGGCUGAAGGCGGCGCUAGCACACCACCCGGGAGCCAUCGCCAACGGCAACAUGAACAGCAUGGGUCACAUGAUGGAAAUGAUGUCAUCGCGGCAGCAGCAGGAGCAGGGGGGCGGCCACCACCACCUUCACCCCUCCCACCCUCACCAGCACCUGCCGGUUCCGCCCCACAGCCACGCCUACCAGCACCACCCCCACCAUCACCACAGCGGCCACAGCCAGGGCGGACACCACCACCCACAGGGCCACAACCCCCAUCACAACUCCCACCCGCCUCACCUCCACCCUGGGCACCCACACCAGACCUCACCCCCACCUCACCUCCACCCUGGACACCCACACCAGACCUCACCCCCGCCUCACCUCCACUCUGGACACUCACACCAGACCUCACCCCCGCCUCACCUCCACUCUGGACCAGGGUCACAUUCACAGUUGUCGCCGGCGGCCCAGCAGAUGCAGCCGAGCCAGACGAUGCAGUCUCCGACCUCUAGCGGUGGGCGCCGCAGGCGGACGGUAGACGAGGACCCUGACGAACGGCGGCGGAAGUUUCUGGAGAGAAACCGAGCGGCGGCCACGCGAUGCAGACAGAAGAGGAAAGUAUGGGUGGUGUCACUGGAGAAGAAGGCUGAAGAGCUGACCCAGACCAACAUGCAGCUUCUGAAUGAGGUGACCAUGCUGAAGAACGAGGUGACCCAACUCAAGCAGCUCCUCCUCACCCAUAAAGACUGCCCCAUCACCACUCUGCAGAAAGACUCCCAAGGUUACCUCAGUCCAGACAGCAGUCCAGCAGGCAGCCCGGCCCCAGCCUGCUCCCAGCAGCAGGUCAUCCAGCACAACAACAUCACCACCUCCAGCACAGCUGUAGGGGGCAGCACUGUGCACGGCCUGCCCAACCACCGCACAGACAUCAACCCCAUCCACUAGAGACAAGACAGAGAGAGACCACAGUACCCCCGCCCCCCCCAGUCUGUACCCCCAGCCCCCAAACUGUACCCCCAGCCCCUACCCCCAGUCCGUACCCCCAGCCCCAACCCAUCCCUGAUCUAACCCCCCUUCCCUGGCUCUCUGAGGGCUGUUUGUCUGUCAGUACGGGACGGGCGGCAUCACACACUGCGUCCAUCUCCAGGACCAGGUCCAGAGAAACCUCUGAGGGAAACCUCUGGAGGGAAACCUCUGGAGAGAAACCUCUGGAGAGAAACCUCUGGAGAGAAACCUCUGGAGAGAAACCUCUGGAGGAAAACCUCUGGAGGAAAACCUCUGGAGAGAAACCUCUGGAGGGAAACCUCUGGAGGGAAACCUCUGGAGGGAAACCUCUGGAGGAAAACCUCUGGAGAGAAACCUCUGGAGAGAAACCUCUGGAGAGAAACUUCUGGAGGAAAACCUCUGGAGGUAAACCUCUGGAGGAAAACCUCUGGAGGGAAACCUCUGGAGGGAAACCUCUGGAGAGAAACCUCUGGAGGGAAACCUCUGGAGAGAAACCUCUGGAGGGAAACCUUGGGAGAGAAACCUCGGGAGAGAAACCUCGGGAUGGAAACCUCGGGAGAGAAACCUCUGGAGGAAAACCUCUGGCGAGAAACCUCUGGAGAGAAACCUCUGGAGAGAAACCUCGGGAGAGAAACCUCGGGAGAGAAACCUCGGGAGAGAAACCUCGGGAGAGAAACCUCUGGAGAGAAACCUCUGAAGUAACCUCGGAGGCCUGUAGGGCUGCUCUUUCUACCGUAGCUAUAGUAGUAUUUUUAUAGACCUUUUUAACUAAUAUGUGUUCUCUGGGUUUGUCUUCGUUCUUAUUUGUCUUCUAUUUUUGUCUCGUUUUUUAUCUAUUUUUUUUAUUUUAAAUUUGUACUUUAGUUAAAAGGGAGCUUUGCAAUUCAUGCAGCAUUAACCCGUGUGGAGUUUUUUGUGAUGUCAUACCUCUGUUAGACCGACACCCCCACCGGGUCACUGUGGUGACACAGCAACGGGACAUGCGCCUCAGACCGUCACCUCUGUGACCCUCCCUAACGUCACCUCUGUGACUAUGUCUGUGUCUCAAAUGGAACAUUUUCCUCUAUAAAGGCCACUACUUUUGACCAGAGCCUUAUGGGUAAAUGCCAUUUGGGAUGAUUAUCUUGUAUGUGUGCUUGUGACUGAUGGAUUGACUAGCAGAGAGUCUAAGUACCACUGUCAGAUAAGUAUGUGUCAGAUAGUUACUGUGUUGAAUAGUGCAAUGUUCUGGUUACAUGUGUAACAUACAGGGUAUGUAGUGUCAGGUACUUGAUCAGAUGCUUAGCUCAGAAAGUGUGUGGGAUGCUACUGCCUCCACGUUGUUGAUGUUGUUGUUUUUAACCAAGUCCAACUGUUGCCAUGAUAUGCUAUUACUUAGUUACCUACCGGAAUCUGGCGUUUCUAUUGAAUUAUGCUCUUUUUCUAGAAAGGACCCUGACUGUUACCCUAGCAACCCAUCGAUGCUAUUUAGAGGGCAUUACAUGUAAUGAAAGAUUGAACGGUGUUGAGAAUAUGUUCAAAUUGAAGCAAUACAUCCUAGUAUUGUUGUUCUAUCAGCCAUAUUGCCCUGCACUGUGAUACCAGCUAGCCGAGGCAGCUCUGGAGGCUGACCCCUGACCUCUGUCUCCUCCACUCUCCUGGAGGCUAACCCCUGUCUCCUCCACUCUCCUGGAGGCUGUCCCCUGACCGCUGUCUCAUCCACUCUCCUGGAGGCUGUCCCCUGACCACUGUCUCCUCCACUCUCCUGGAGGCUGACCCCUGUCUCCUCCACUCUCCUGGAGGCUGACCCCUGACCCGUCUCCUCCACUCUCCUGGAGGCUGACUCCUCACCCCUGUCUCCUCCACUCUCCUGGAGGCUGACCCCUGACCAGUCUCCUCCACUCUCCUGGAGGCUGACCCCUGUCUCCUCAACUCUCUAGGAGGCUGACCCCUGACCCCUCCACUCUCCUGGAGGCUUACCCCUGACCCCUCCACUCUCCUGGAGGCUGACCCCUGUCUCCUCCACUCUCCUGGAGGCUGAUCCCUGUCUCCUCCACUCUCCUGGAGGCUGACCCCUGACCCGUCUCCUCCACUCUCCUGGAGGCUGACUCCUCACCCCUGUCUCCUCCACUCUCCUGGAGGCUGACCCCUGACCAGUCUCCUCCACUCUCCUGGAGGCUGACUCCUGACCCCUGUCUCCUCCACUCUCCUGGAGGCUGACCCCUGACCCGUCUCCUCCACUCUCCAGGACCAAGUAAAGCUUUAAGAGACAUCUCCUUCAGUGUAGUUCUAGUGUUGCUGCAGCCAGGCUUCCAGAAUCAGUGGCACAUUCCAAAUGACCUGAACAUUCCAGAUAUGAGCCUUGUGGGGUUGUCAUACUGUAGGAGAUAUAUAGAGAGAGAUAUGAGGUGAGAUAGUUGAUUGAGUCUAUGCUUUUGUAGUCUGACUGUCAGUGUGUGUUUGACAGUUGAAGAAUGAUUGGCUGAGUUUCUAUCCCUUUAUAAUGAAAAGGUCUUACAACCAUCUCUAACGAGGCUCAGCAGUUUUAGCCGAAUGUUUUCCAAAACAUCACAACGUGCCUGAACUUCUCUGUCUUUUUUUAUGACUAAAUGGAAUGUCAAUUGUUUCAAAUACUUUUGAAUGAUCCUGAACUUCUCCAUUGAGCUAUCAAGCCUUUCUAAGUGAUUGUUCCCCCAGUCUCAGUGAGUGUAGCGUUGGUGGACACUGUGUCUGCUGUUGGUGUGUUGUUAUGCCAUUUAGCAGAGGUCUUUCUUCAAACCACCUAGUCAUGUAUACAUUCUUUAUGUGUGGAUGGUCACGGGAAUCAAACCCACUAUCCUGUUGUUGCAAGUGUCAUGCUCUACCAACUGACCUACAGAGCACCAGUGUGUUGUAGGGAGUUUAGUCUGUAAGGGCAAAACCAGCUGGCUGACUGACCAGGGAGGAAAAAGCUGACCUUCCGUCUAACCUCUCCUUCUAGCUCCAACCCAGCUCUCCCACAGACCGGCUGACAUGUCUGUCUGUGUGUGUCUGUCUGUCUGUCUGUCUGUGUC